AUGAGCGGCAUUUCAGCGUUUUUAGGGCAAGGUGGAAGCAAACCAACUUUCAUCCCCUCUAACAAUUAUAGAGGAGAAAAACCAUCAAAUAGGCACUCUGAAAAAUCAUCGGAUCACUCAGGUGAUCAUCAUGGUGUUUCUUUUGGAGGCUCUUAUAUUAAACACAUUUCCGAAAAUGAUAGACCAAUGAGAAGAAGAGACUAUAACAAUAGAGACUCCAACUAUAGAGGAAAUAAUAGAGGAGGUAAAAGAGAUUUUAAUAAUAGAGGCCGUGAUUACAGAAAGGAUUUUUAUGGUGGAUAUUACAAGAGAGAAGAUGAGUUUGGUUCUAAAUCAUUGCCUGAAGAAAAGGAUGAAGAGUCAAAAGCUGAGGAAGAAGCUUUGGCUCUCAAAUUGGCCGAACAAGAUGAGUCUCUCCAAGCAAUUGGUUCCGAAUUUUUUAUUCCUGUCGAACAAGAAUAUGACAUGUUUUUAAAGAAGUUAGUUAAUUGGAAAAACGAUUCUCACUCAAUUUCACAGAAAAUGAACGAUGGUGCACAACUCAAACAAUUUAGAGAAUAUGAUGAAGAAGCGUCACAGCAAACAAAAGAUUUAAUGCUUCAGAUAUUCAAAUCAAACAGUCAAACUCAAGCUCCAAAGAGUAUUUGUGCUACCACUGAUAGAGAGCUAACAUCUACUUUUAAAAAUUCAGUCUCUGACAUUCAAGAAGAUGUUGCUAGAGGAAGAAACAAAAAUUAUGGACUUUUAGAUAAGACAAUCCUUCACUAUGAGGAUAUCAUGUACUCACUGUGGAAAGCUCCACUUGUUACAGACAGAAAAUCAGAAAAGGAUACAGAAUCAACUUUGGAAGAGGAUAGUUUUGCAAAAUUCCAUGAAGAAUUCGAACGAGAAAAUAAUGAGAAAAAAGAAAUUGAUACCUUUUCUAAAUUUGCCGAUGAAUUAUUCGAAAAAUGUACAGACCUAUAUAGAAUUGCAGAAAAAGCUCCACUCUUUGAUGUUACCCAAGAUGAACAAAUGCAAGAAGCUAUUCAAUCUGUUAUAGAUACCUCUAAGAAAUCUGUAUAUAAGAAUACCGAUGGUCCACACGAUGCUGGACAUUUAUUUUUUGCUGUUUCUGAUUUAUUAGGUAGAAAAGAUGAGAGAGAAUACGCAUCAGACAGAAAAGCAGACAAAUCACUCACCAACAAUAAUCCAAAACGAUCUCGUGAUGACUAUGAAAGUGAGGAAGAGAAUUUGGAAGAAGAUAGACAAGUCAAAGCCACCACCACCUUUGAAUUACUGGGUGAUAGAUUCAGGUUAUUACCAGAAAUUCACAAAUAUGAGAAUUAUCUAAAACGUUCUAUGGGUGUUACUGGACUUGAUUACAAUGGAAAAACCUCACUCAAUAACAGAAAAAAGCAAAUACGACUUGAUUCCUCAGUUGCCAUGCGACACGAAUGGAUGGAUAAGGAACCAAAAGAAACUGCUAAGUUGGCUACCCCUCAUACCCAUCUCUCAAAAAUGGUUCUCUCACUGAGCGAAAAAUGUAAACAAGUUGUAGAUAGUCUGCUCUAUUAAAGAAGAAUUGUUUUUUACCCCCAAAUUAAAUUUGAUUUUUAUUGUUGU